AUGGAGCCCCCCGUCGCGUCGGCCGUCGCGCCCGCCGCUUCCGCCUCCUCCAUACCCUCCGCCAUCGAUACCCACGGCCAUCUCCCGCCGUCCUCUCUGCCACAAUCACCAGCGUCGCCGGGCCUCCAGCGGCCCAUGAGCGUCAUGGUCCGCCCCUCGCCCAGAAGCAACAGCCGCAUGAGCGUCGGCAGCAAAAAUGGCGGCAGCCGUGCGUCUGACGAAGACGGCCGCACCUCUGUCAAAGUUGCUGUCCGUGUUCGCCCACCGCUACGGCCAACCGAUCCCGGCUACGAUCUCAUUCCCCAGCGCUUCCAGCGCUCCAUGGUCCAGGUCAACUCCGACACAAGCCUGGCCAUCGACUCACCCCAGGGCCGCAAGCUCUUUGUCUUUGACCGCGUCUUCAGCCCCGAGGUCUCCCAGGACGGCGUCUGGGACUACCUGACCGACAGUGUCAACUCCUUCACCACGGGCUACAAUGUCUCCCUGCUGGCCUACGGCCAGUCCGGCGCCGGCAAGUCCUACACCAUGGGCACGUCCGGUCCCAGCGAGCAGGGUGACCCCGAAAUCAUGGGCGUCAUUCCACGAGCCGCCGCGGCGCUGUUUGAGAAGCUCGAGGGCCCCAAAACAAACAGCAACCGUAGCUCCAUGUCUCAUCUUCGUGCGCCCAAAGGCUACGGCGCCAGCCAGGCUGCUGCCCCCCGCGCCGACAAGACGUGGUCCCUCAAAGCCACCUACGUAGAAAUUUACAACGAGCAGCUGCGUGAUCUUCUCAUCCCCGACAGCGUCCCCACGCAUGAGCGUGCCUCUGUCACCAUCCGCGAGGACGUCAAGGGCAACAUUAUCCUGACCGGCCUGCACCAGGUCGACAUCAAUUCCGUCGACGACUUGUUGAAUGCCCUCAACUUUGGCUCCACCCUGCGCCAGACCGACGCAACCGCCAUCAACGCGCGGUCGUCGCGCUCGCACGCUGUCUUCAGCCUGAACCUCGUCCAGCGCAGGAACGGCUUCCAGUCCACCAAGGCCGAGAAGCGCAUGUCUGUCCCGCUGGAGGCCUUGACGGGAACCGAGUCCUUUGUCACAGUCGACAGCAAGUUCCAUUUUGUCGAUUUAGCCGGCAGCGAGCGCCUCAAGAACACCGGCGCCCAGGGAGAGCGCGCCAAAGAGGGCAUUUCCAUCAAUGCGGGCCUGGCUGCCCUGGGCAAAGUGAUUUCGCAGCUGUCCUCGCGCCAGGCGGGAUCCCACGUCUCCUACCGCGACUCCCGCCUCACCCGUCUGCUGCAAGACUCGCUCGGUGGCAAUGCCAUCACCUACAUGAUUGCAUGCGUGACGCCGGCCGAGUUUCACCUCAGCGAAACCCUCAACACCGUCCAGUACGCCCAGCGCGCCCGUGCGAUCCAGAGCAAGCCGCGCAUCCAGCAGGUCGAAGAGGGCGACAAGCAGGCGAUUAUUGACCGUCUCAAGGCAGAGGUCGCCUUUUUGCGCGAACAGAUUCGCAGCGCCGCCUCCAACAGCAGCCCCGGCGAGCGUCGUGUCAUGUCUGCGACGGAGCGGUCCGAGCGCCAGGGCGAGCGGGAAGUGGAGAUGCAAAACGCGUUGCUGGAUGCCCAGGAGAACUACUCUGCGCUCAGCCAGCGGCACGCAAAGCUUAUUGCCGAGAUGGCCAAGGCGCGCGAUAUUGAGGCGGCUGAGAUGCAGCAGCACCAGCUGGCAGAGGCCGAGGCGGGUGAGGACAGCGCGACAGAGCGGCUAAAUCGCUCCAACACGUUUGCCCACGCCGUCGAGCAGGUCGUCCUCGAGUAUGAAAAGACGAUCCAGUCGCUCGAGCAGUCCCUGUCCAGCACCCGCGCCACCCUCGCCAACACCGAAACCAGCUUGCUGGAGAAAGAGUCCAAAUGCGCCUACGCAGACACCAUCAACACACAGCUCCAGGCACGUCUGCAGAAGCUGAUGGACCGCGAAGCCAACACCGAAAACUACCUCCACGACCUUGAGUCUAAGCUCGAUGGCCACACGUCGGGCGAAGAGAAGAAUGCCACCAUCAUCAUUGAGCUCCGCAAGGAGAUUGCCCGCAUUCGCGAGAAUGAGGCCACCUGCGAGGACUACAUCUCCACCCUCGAGGAACGUCUCGCCGAGGCCGACCAGGACGCCGAGCUGAUGCAGCGCGAGAUUGACCGCCUCGAGCAGGUCGUCGAGCGCCAGCGCAGCCUGGGCAAGCUGGACUCGCUGCUGUACGAGCUCGACAACAUGCAGCAGCAGGACGGCAGCGCCGGCCCGGGCAUCACGUCUGGUGUCGACAACAACAACAACACCGAAACGGCCGUCAACGGCAGCGGUAACAAUGUCGCCCCCAAUGGCAUGGGCCACGGCCACCGCCGCACGGCCAGCCGCAGCAUCGAGCACCACGCACGCAGCCUCAGCCAUGUGAGCCGCCACAGCCAUAGCCACAGCCACAGCACGGACGUCAUCCCCGAAGAGGAGGACGGCGAGCCCCUGGCGGCCGCGGCCCCCGAGAUCCAUGCUACGAUUGAGGAAGAGGCGGGCCCCGAGCAGGAGCAAGCGGCCGAGGGCGAGGGCGAGGGCGAGGGCGAGGGCGAGGGCGAGGGCGACGACGAAGUCACUCCGAACGGCGAGACCGCUGCCGCUGAGCAGACCAACGGCGUGCCAAAGUCCGUGACGCCGCGCCCGUCUCAGGCUUCAUUGCACACGACCAAGCGUUCCGAAAGCUUCACCAGCUCGGCGCAGUCCAAGUUUGUUGCCGACAAGCUGGAGGUCGUGACGCAGGAGCUGGUCGACCUCCGUGUCGAGCACGAGUCCACGGUGACCGAGUUUGAGCUGCUGCACGCCAAGUACGAGGAGGCGCUGCGCACGCUUGCCGAGCUCCAGGACGCCGUCGACGAGGCCCGCCACCCGAGACAGACCGUCCGCGACUCCAUCUUGUCCGCUGCCGAGACAUCGCAGACCCGCCCGUCGUCGUACCUGUCCGACGCGCGGUCGAGCGAGCCCGAGAAGAACCGCCACUACUCGUCGUCGCGGUCGCUCUCCUCGGAGCUGUCGUCUGCGCUCGAGUCGCCCGCUGCCAUGGAGCACUCGGACGCCGAGACCCUGGCACCCGUCAAGAAGGGCACGCGUCCCACGAGCAUCGAUGUCGCCGCUGCUGCUCUGGCCAUUCCCCAGGUGCGCGACAUUGAGCCUUCUGAGAACGCAGAGGAGCAGCCGCAGGCCGAGCAGGCCGAGCAGACCGACGAGCGCGACGUUGCCCACGAGGCGGCCGUGCCCCAGUCGCCUUCGGUCAACGGCCGCGGCCUGAUCAUGUCGCCCUCCAGCGACAGCAUCCUGGAAGCCGAGGUGGAGCGCCUGCGCGCCUUGGCCGCCGAGAAGGAAGAGGCCGAGAAGACGCUCUCGGGCAAGUACGCCGAACUGGAGCAGCAGCACCACCAGACCCUCGACAUGGUCGAGGAGCUCAAGACGGAGGUGGCCAAGGCGCAGCAGGCGGCCGAAGUGACGUCGCCGCGCUCGUCGACGCCCGUGAUUCGUCGCAAGUCGAGCCAGAACGUCAUGAUUAUCGAUCGUGCGCACCGGUCGUUUGCGUCGCUGCGGAACAUUGCGACGGAGAACUUUGAGGGCAACCCGGACGUCAUGCAGAACUUUGAGCUGAACAUCAACGCGGCCAUGCACGAGCUGCACGCGCGCUCCGAGCGCAUCCAGGAGCUCGAGGCCGACGUCGCGUCGACCAAGAAGGAGAUGGACACCAAGAUGGCCAUCAUCUCGGGCCUGACGCGCGAGCGCUCCAGCUUGAAGAGCUCGCCCAUGGACAUGUCUGUGGUGUCGACGCUGCGCGACCAGCUGGAGAAGAACGAGAGGCAGAUGAACCAGCUCAAGAGCGCACAGGCGGCGCGCGAGCAGGAGCUGCAGACCGAGCUGGAGAGCCUCCGGGCGUCCCUCAAGCCCGACGGUGGCAUCGACACCCGCAACACGGCCCAGGAGCAGGAGCACGCCGACAAGGUGCGCGGCCUGGAGGCCGAGCUGGCUGGCUGGGAGACGAAGCACGAGACGGCCCUGGCGUCGAUGGGCGCGACCGAGAAGCAGAUGAAGGAGCACAUUGCGCAGCUCGAGUCGCAGCUGGCCGCGGCCAACGAGCAGCUCGCGGCGUCGGCCAAGAACACCGAGGCCAGCACCAAGCAGGAAGAGCAGGUGCAGAUGCUGCGCACGGAGGUCGACGAGUACAAGGCCAUUAUCAACAGCAACGCGGCCAAGGUCGCGGAGCUCGAGGCGGCCCACGCGUCGGCCAAGUCGGCGCUCGAGGAGGCCGUGGCGGCACGCGAUGCUGCCUCGGCGGCGGCGGCGACGCACAAGUCGCUGGUGUCGCAGCUCGAGACCAAGAUUGCCGACCACGAGAAGGCGCUGGCGACACACAAGGAGGGCCUCGCGACCCUCGAGGCCGACCACGCGCGCGAGCUGGAGACGCUGCAGGCGUCGUCGCGCAAGGAGUACGACGACGAGGUGCAGGUGCUCAUGACGGAGCAUGCGGAGAACAUUCGCAUCCUGGAGAGCGACCUGACGGAGGCGCGCGAGGACCUCAUGAAGGUGGCAACGCAGGUGGCGUUUGCGCUGGGCCUGGACGUCAGCGUGGAGAAGAUUACGGAGCGCAUCGAGGACCUGAUUGCGGACCAGAAGGCGCUCGGCGUGGAGCAGAACAAGUCGUACGAGCUGCAGGAGACGGUCAAGGAGCUGACGAGCAUCAGCGACUCGGUGAUGCGCGACCUGGAGACGGCGCGCGCGACGCUGACGCAGGUGCUGGGCCCGGACGCGGAGGUGAACCGCAAGCCCAACGCCACCGUGGCCGAGCAGGCGGCGGCGGUGCAGAAGCGGCUGACGGAGCUGGAGACGAAGAACAAGAAGCACUCGCGCCUGGUGGACGAGCUCGAGGAGCAGCUGCAGACCAACUUCGACCAGGCGCAGAUCACGACGAACCGGCUGUCGACGCUGCAGUCGGAGCGGCACCAGCAGCUGGAGGAGGCGACGUCGGCCAAGAUCCGCAUGCAGUCGGAGCUGGACGCGAUCCGCGAGGAGUACGCGGCGCUGCAGGCGCGGUUCGAGGGCAUCCUGCCGGCGGACGGCAGCAGCGCGCCGCAGCGGUCCAACUCGGCCAGCUCGCAGCUGCGCAAGAGCUCGUCGGUGGCGUCGCUGCCGUCGCCGCCGCCGGCCAUCCCGCUGCCGCCGCUGCCGAGCUCGAGCUCGCCGCCGCCGACGGCCAACAACGUGCCGUCGACGCCGACGACGAUGCGGCCGCCCAGCAAGGACAUUGCGCUGCACCAGAUCCAGCAGGACCAGGAGGCGCGGAUCCGCACAAUCGAGAAGCACCUGGACGCGGAGAAGCAGCUCACGCAGACGCUGGAGGAGGCGCUGUCGGACCUCGAGGAGCAGUCCAAGAAGCUCAAGACGGACUGCGACGCGUGGCGCCGGCGCGCGCAGGAGCUGGAGAGCGAGAACAAGGAGCUCAAGGACAAGCCGGCGCAGGACAACCGGUGGAGCCUGCACCAGGUGGAGGAGGAGCGCAAGAAGCGGCGCGACGCCGAGAUUGCGCGCGCCCACCUCGAGGAGCGCAUGAACGCCAUCAGCAAGAAGAAGAAGAAGGGCUCUCUGAACUGCUUCUGA